AUGCGUCACAACUUGUUACUACUGUCUCUCGCUGCAUCGGCAGCAGCAGCCGCGGUUCCUGCAUCAGGAUCUCGGCCACUUUCAGAAGAAACAGCAAUGACCGGGCAAAGAGUGGGGCUGCCUGCUCUCCACUUCAACGAGGACGCGCAGUCGCAGCAAAAGGAAGCGCUGCUGCUGAACGACCUACACAGUUCUCGGGCAGCAGCAAAAGGUUCGGAACGGUUGCGCCCCGCAGCUCUGUUGGCGCUUACGUCUUUGAUCCUAGCCGUGGUAGCUGUUGUAUUUGGUGUACUGCAGUGUUACCGGGCCCUCAAUCAAGCUGUUGUGGAUUGUGCUGUGCAACCUCUCCCUUUCGACAAUGUGAUGCUGCUGCGCCGCCGCAGCUGGAGCGGAACUGCUGUGGGUACGGCGCUUCUAUGGCUGUGA